CGUUAUCGGCGCGGUCACACUGAUGUACAGGCGUAUUCCAAACCAGGACUGAAAGAUUUAUUUUCUAAAGUAAAAUAGAUGGAUCUAUAUGACGAUAUAGAUACGAAGCAACGAGCGGGCGAGAUUGAUGGCUGGUCGUCUGGCAUUAAAAUGUUACAGACCCAGCUGGCCGUAAAGAAAGCCGUCAAAAAACCUCUAAUGACGCCGGUGGUCAAUUUAAGAGCCAAGCGCCCCGUCGAGCCAGAAUCAUCAUUUUUUGCCUCAAUGCCAGUGGUGGUGGUCAAGCCCAUAAUCACUGGUAAAGCUCUACUUCCCGUGUUGGAAAGUGCGAGCAAGGACGACUGGGACUUCGCGGACGAGUAUGACCCCCAGUGGCCGAAUGAAUACGAAAAACUCAAAGAGAACUCUAAGAGCAGUGAGAAGUCCCGAGCUAUCACCGGCGGCGGAGGAAGCCAUCGAGAAGAUCGCGAUAAGGACCGGGAACGGGAGAGGAAACGAGGGCGCAUAGGUCGUCGGGAAGUCCACAAAGACGAUGUCUUACCGCCAAAUAUGAAGUUUAGCGGCUUCGGCCAGCUACAGAGCGCUGAUGACUUGUACAGUCCGCCGGCAGUGGGCUCUGUUGCAAAGCAGGGAGGGGGUGCCGCUAUCGCUCCUCCUCCUUCACUCCAAGAGAUGUCAAUAGAAAGUGAAGAUGGAUCCUCCAACGUUACUGCACCAUACUCUGCAAGCUCGGUUGCAGCUAAAAUUAUGGCCAAAUACGGCUUUAAGGAUGGCCAAGGCUUGGGAAAGUCUGAGCAGGGUAUGUCAAUAGCCCUGCAAGUGGAAAAGACUUCCAAACGGUGCGGUCGUAUCAUACACGAGAAAGACGUCUUUCUGCCGCCUUCGUCCUUGUCGCCACCUGCGAUUGGCUCUCCAACUAGACUAAGUCCCAGUGACAACGGGAUGCCACCACCCCCAUUAGCACCCCAAGCCGCUCUUAGCGGCGAUACUGAGCCCAGCAUCACAGAAAUCAUGAAAUCGCCAAGCAAGGUUGUUCUUCUUCGCAAUAUGGUCGGCCCUGGGGACGUUGAUGAGGAGUUGGAGCCAGAGGUGAAGGACGAGUGCAACACAAAAUACGGGACAGUGAACAGCGUAAUUAUACACGAAGCGUUCGGAACUGUGCCAGAAGAUGCAGUAAAGAUAUUUGUGGAGUUUAAGCGAAUCGAAAGUGCUAUUAAAGCUGUUGUGGACUUAAAUGGCCGCUUUUUUGGAGGCCGUCAAGUGAGAGCGGGGUUUUAUAACUAUGAUAAGUUUAAAUGUUUUCAAUUAAAUUAGCAUUCAUAAAAAUUACGAAUGAGGGUGUUAGCCCAGUUUAGAGAAGGCCUUGGAACAAACAUUUGAUUUUGGUCAAAUUAAUUUUCACUGCCGCUUAAUAGUGUUUAUUAAAUUAAACAUUUUUGGGCUGUACCUCCGAAAAGCCUUAACGCCCGACCAUUUUCAAAUUAUCAGGAUUCAGGUCAAUGUGUGUGACGAAACCGAUUUCUUGAAAAAAUAACGGUAAAUACUGUUUUUUUUUAAAUUUUUUUUUUAAAUACCCUUUAUGAAAAACACAUACAAACAAAAGUUGAAGAUCUAAUUGAAAUACACAUUUCAUGUUUUGUGACUCAAACAUGGAGUUCACUA